AGCCAAUCAGAGCGCGCGUUAUAUGGAAACUUUAUUAUAAAUCUGCCUAGAACAUCGGUUGUUGAUAUCAAAAAUGUUGAUUAUAGCAACAGACAGGAGUUCAAAGUCAGCCAAUGAAACCAUUCAAAGUGAAGGCGUCGAACGCACUCUGUCUCGUAAUCUUUGACUACAACUUGUCCGGCUCCGCAGCCAGCCUCUGCGCGUUCCUGGGCGUUCAGUUAGCUCGGGCUAUGAGAACAAUGGGUCGUGGUCCGGUCCAAUUUAGCGAGAUAUUAGUUACAUAAUAGCAGUUUUCCUAGAAAUAAAAAAGUUAGUCUAACGUAACCCCUGUGAGGUUUGCAGCCGGCAAGCGCUUUUUACAGCGUCACAAUCCACCAGAGAGCAAUACUAUGAGACCAGGGGCCCAUUUCUCGAAAGCCCCGGAAACUUUUCAGGCCUGUAAAGCCAUUUUUAGUCCAGCUGUAUCUAAAAGAGGGGAAGUGUAUACGCCUCAAACUUCUUGCAUGAAGGGAACUUCUCUUCAUAUUAAGAAUAUGUGAAUAAACAGCUCUGUAAUCGUAAGAUUCGAGAUUUUGCUAUGGCUUUACGAGCCCGAAAAGUUUCCGGGGCUUUCGACAAACAGGCCCCAGGGCCACGUCGUCAAGGUUCGAAAUCGUUUCACCUUUUACCUUGUAUUUAUUAUGAGAACACGGCCGGGCCACAUGAUGGCCACAUGAAGCCUCCAGAUUUCAAAUCCAACAUGUUUACGACCUAAUCACCGUAGGUGGCGCGCCAUGGCCAAGGCCAGUGGCUGAAAGUAAAUACUAUUACACAUUAACUUCAAAUAAGGUCAAUAAUGCUAGAAGUAGACAGUCUGCACAGCCAGCUGGGGACAAUAGUCGAGUUCAGGCAGCACAAAUGGAAACCACCUCGACACCGGCACAGACCGGCUCCAACCACAUUGGGUUUUGGGCCCGUUGGAAAUACAACUUUAAAUCGCACUUUGAUGGCCAUUACUUCAGUGUUUUCCCUUUUUGGAGCCUUGGUGAUCAUGGUCACUUACAUCACUUGGAAGGAUAUCAGAACCACCUCCAGAAAAAUCCUGGCCUAUAUCUCCAUCGCUGAUUGUGUUGUAGUUGCAAGUUACCGGUUUGGUGCAUUCCUGCCACCAAACACAAAUUCCGACGCUUGCGUCACGCAGAGUUUUCUCUCAACUACCGCUAACCUUUGGUCGUUUUUCUGGACCACGUUCAUGGCUAUAUUUUUGUACAUUACGAUAACGAGACAGAAACCCCCCACGGUCGAGAAAUUGUUCUGGGCUUGGCACAUCAUCGGUUGGGGAGUUCCUGUUCUCAUCGUUGAAAGAGCGCUGGAAGAUGAUGUUCUUGCAUGGGAUCGAAAUGACCGUGAUAUAUAUAGUUCAGGCUGGUGUUGGAUUAGGGUGCAAGAUGUCGGCAAAAGCGCUCACAAAAGCAUCAUGUGGAUGCUAAUCACAGGCAAGGUUUUGGAAGUGUUGGUUUUUGUAACUGUUUUGAUAUUCUACGGACUGCUGAAGUGCCAUAUUCGCCAAGAGGUACAUCGUAACGAAAGACAGAUGAUCACAAGUCCCUCUCUGGAGGCGGCGAAGAAAGCAGAUAAAAAGCUGACCCUAGAUCCCCUUGUUUUACUCAUUCCUCGAUCCUGGGGAAUGCUUCGCUUUUGUAUUUACUUGACUUCAUCGGUAAAUAAAUCAGAGUCGAUAAGAAAAGCUCAACAUAUUUUGCUUUAUUUUCAGGUAAGUGUCAAAAAAAAAAAUUUUUUUUUGAACACUGCUUGCGGAGUGUUUGAAUGUGCUCAAGAAUUUGCCAAGUUUCUUUUGUUCUGCUUGUUUACCGAGAAAUUUCAAGAGAACGUCCGUAGAGUGAUGCACAGUCGCUACCCGUGUUUUGCGAAUUUCUGGACCUACAAUCCCGGCAAACAAUCCUAUCAUUCAGAGGACAGCUCUGUCAGUGGGGAGUAUUCUGAAAUGAAUGAAACGUCUUCGUUAUUUCGAACAUCGGAGGACAUCAGUAGAAAUUAUCAAACUACUUAA